AUUUGUUCUCACUUACUGAAACUUACUCGUCUCGUUGUUCUAGCCCAUCACCCUUGUGGUCUUGGAAAUCACUGGUACCCUCCAAAACAUCAAGAAGGAUAAAAUUGUGCCGUCCAUGGUUUUGGACAAGAGACCUCCGUCGGCUUUCUCAAUCUGGCCCGGGCGCUUGCCAACUGAAGUCCUAUGCUAUAUUUUCGAUUACUGUCUCCCGGACACCAAGUACUUGUCGCCCACACCAGAUAUGGCUCCCAUCCUACUGACCAGGGUAUGCCGACGAUGGAGGGAGGUUGCUGUGGAUAUGCCAAGUUUAUGGUGCAGACUGUCUCUCAAAGUCUUUCUCAAAGACUGGCAGCGGAACGCUUUCUGCUAUGACACAUGGCUCAAGCGAUCACGAGGACUUCCGCUCUCGUUGGCGCUUCAGUGGCAGGGACAUGUCUCAACCGAACUACAAAACCUUCUUCAACCAUACCUCAAGCAAGUCUUGUCUCUCUCUAUCUUAUCUUUGGAAAACGCCGAGAAACCUGCACUCGUGUUAAGAAACCUCUCGGAACUUCAGCAGCUGACCAUAAGGAUCGUUGGUCCUUUGGAGCCAGCCCUUACACAAUUCUUCCCAUGCAUGCCAUUCACUCUCCGCAGUCUCGAGGUAACUGGGCCAUUGUUUGACCUCACGCGCCUAGACACUCUCAAUCACGUAUUGCCUCACCUGACAAAUAUCAGGAUCAACAUAUACAACUCAAUUACAUGCCUUCGUUUAUUCCAGCUUGCUCCCAACCUCUCCUCGUUAAGCAUUGGUAUAUUGUUCUUCGAAACACAGGCCUUAACACCGUUCACACACACCAAACUUCAAUUCUUGCGCAUCGUCGAUGUCAUAGGGUCCACAGACCAGUUACCUGACUUGUUCAACGCUCUCUCAUUCCCCAAUUUACGCGUACUCGAAGCUCGCAGUGUACCAAAAUGGCCUCAUGAGGAGUUGAAAGCAUUCUUGGCGCGGUCAAAAUUUCCCUUGGAAAGGCUGGUUCUU